UAAAAAAAAAGUUCUUUUAAUUUCUUAUUUUAAAUAUAUCAUUGCCUUUGAAAAUGAACGAAUACUUUGUCUUUCGCGUUUUUGUUUUCAAUACAAAAAGUAAAUAAGUUUUUUCAGUUGCUGUCAAUUGGCUGUACAUAAUCAUAUACUUCUUUUUUCCAAUACUUCCGAUACACAGUUUCUGAAUAUCAUUUAGAUGAACAGUAUUCAACAUUAAUAAAAUACGAUAAGAUAAGAUAUUUGAAUAAAAUUUAAAUUUACUAAUUUAUUUUAUUUAUUUUUGCCGCAUUUCUGAAAUCACGUGUAAUAGGUUGCCAUCGAAACCAAUUUAAAUGACGUUUUUGAAAUUAGCAUCAAAGUUUUUGCUUCAAUAUUUUUUUUUGUAUAAAGAAUAAAAAAAAGUAUAAUUUAUUUUUAAGAUCCAAUUGUCAAUUUGGUUGUAAAUUUUUCUCUGUCUCUCUCUUUUUUUUUGUUUUUUAAUGCAAUUAAACUGUGUUACUAUCAUUAGCCAAUAAAAAACGUAGUAUAUCGCCGUGAGCUUCACGUUAUGUUAAUUGUAUCAUCUCUAAUUCAAUCGAAACGGAGAGAGAGAGAGAGAGAGAGAGAGAGAGAAAGAAAGAGAGAGACGGAGAGAGACAGAGAGAGAGAGAGAGAGAGAGAGAGAGAGAGAGAGAGAAAGAGAGAGAGAGAGAAAGAUAGAGAAUCGAUAAACUUGUUCCAAGUUUAUUUAAGCUCAAUAAAGGAUGAGCUUUAAUAAAUCGAUAAUAGUUUCGACUUCUUCUCAUGGAAACAUUGAAAUAAAUUGGAACUCAAACAAUUGACUAUUUCUAUUUGAUAAAACACUAUUCUUUAUAAAUAGAAUGAAUUUUCAAGAUAAAUUUAUUGCUAUUAUGAAUAAAUAAAUAUACUAAUUCGAGUCUUGUAUUGUCGUUUACAUAUGAAAAGAAAAAUAGUUCUCCAAUUACUUAUUUUUAUUAAUGAUAUCAAUACGGAUUAAUGGAACAAAAGUUCUUAGGUCUGUAGUUCUGCAAUUUAAAAAAGAAAAAUUAAUUCGAUAAGUCACGAAAAAGAAUAAUUACUUUUGAUUCAAUCUGUGGUUUGAAAAUGCUAUGUGCUUGAGACAAUUAGCUAAUUAGAGAUUUGUACGAUUAAUCGAAUAUCCUGGAUUAUAAAAGAAGAAAAUUAAACAUCGUCUAGUUAUUUUUUCAAUUCGUUUUACCAGUUCUCUAGCGUCACAUUGCGUAACGUCCUCGAUGGUCUACGUUACGGUUUGUUUCGCUUCCACAACUUGUACACGAAUAAUACUUAUCGAAGCAUAUACACCUUUUAAAAAAGAAUAGUACAAAAUAAAGAAGAAAAGAAAAACUCAACUUCGUUUCUAUUCUUCAAAGACGUUUCUAUUCGAAACAAACAUAUGAACAUUUUUAUCUUGAUCGUAUUAGAAUCGAUAUUUUCUAUAGGUAUUCUUGAGGAGAACGUUCGCAUCGAUUUGCAUCGAUUCGAACGUUCUCAUUCGAUAUCAUCGAGGCUCGUCCUUGAAGUAUUGGAAAAGUGCAAAUCUCGAUUCCAUAGUAAUAUUCAUUAGAAAACGAUAGGUUAUCACGUCUCACGAACUGAAUUCAAAGAUUCGAAACAUCGAUUACCAUAAUUUUAAAUUUAUAUGCAUCCAUAUAUUUUUGACAUGACUUUUAUAAACUAGCUAUAAAAUAGUUAUAAGCGAUAUUUCGAAUGCACCGUAAUUGUAUAAUGAAGUGCAUAUAUAUAUAUAUAUAUAAAUAUAUAUAUAUAUAUAGUAUUAUGACAACGCGACUAAUAGUUGUCUUAUCUUCACGUACGAUUAAUCAGUAUGUUACGCUAUUUUCUUCGUUGUCCUUCCAGAUUACUAAUCGUAACUAGUUAAAAAAAAAAAGAAAAAAAAGAAAAAAGAAAAACAAGACAAUUAUCUAUUAAUUAUGUGCUACGCGCGUAGUAUACUGUGCUUCUUUGACUCGAUUGCACGUACUCCAGUCGAAUAGUCAGUAAGACGUGACGAUUGCAUACAUUCGCAAAUAUAUCUCUCUUUCCUCCCCCCCUCUCUCUCUCUCUCUUUUUCUCUUUUUUUCAAAACGUUUAUUGUUCUGGUGAUAUGUUCUCUUCGUUGUUUGCACGAAGCAAGAUGUUUUGCAUUUAUGUACGAUGGUACAUAUCGAAUAUGUACCAUCUGUUCCGUUAAUUUUCUUUGUUACAUUUAUUCGAGACUUUUGUCAUAACAAGAAUAAUUAUUAUCGUUGAUAAUAAAGAAAAUAUUUUGUACGCGUCUAAGUGAUAUGGAAUUUCAUCGAGAGAAGUUAUCGAAUAUUUUUCGUCUUUUGUAAAAUGAUCAAAGUUUUAUGUAUGUGUGCGGAUGUGUGUGUAGAAAUAUACAAGAAGAUAGAAAAGAAAUUUUUGUCGAUUCGACGAUCGUUCGAUCGAUCACUUUUCUCUUAUUUUUCUUGUAAUCCAGAUGUUCUUUCCUCAUAAUUUUUCUACACCUGUCCACGUUAUGAAAUUAUAUACAAACGUAUUACUACUGGCUCUCUCUUUCUCUCGACGCCAAUGUACCAAAGCGAUGAACGCUUGAAUUUUUCGGAGAACGGGUUCACAAUAGCGGCGCAACGAGCAGAAAGCUGGUGAGUCAGCCUCCAUUCUUCCCUCUCCUCUUUUCCUCUUCUUCCAUGUCUCUCUCUUUCGCACGUUCAUUGCUAACCGGCUUGUCCUGUCCUCUUCUGUCUCUCUUGGUCGAUGUCCCUCACUCUUACAGGUAACCGGCUUCUCUUGUCUUCUUCUAUCUCUCACAACUCAACUGAGUCCUUCUCCUUGGUAUAUAUACAUCUCUUUCUCUCUCUCUCUCUCUCUCUCUUUAUCCUGCUCUUUCAUAUUUCACAAGAGCUACACUCUAUAACUCCACUGAACGGCCACUAGCAUGCGACUUUAUCGGCGACCUGUCAGUCGCUGAUCGAGCUUACCUUUGCGCGUUCGAUCUCAGAGAUCCUUUCUGUGAUCUCUCUCCUUUUUUUUUGCUUUCUUUUCUACGAUUAUCCUUGGGUUUUAUAAUCUCUUCAGAAGUAGAAAGUGAAAGAGAGAAAAGGUUGUGAGAUCUUCCUCGUCUUUCAUCGAAGAAAAGAGGAAUUAAAAGAUUUCAAAGAUGUCGGAGUAUUGUGAAUAUAUGUGGGAUCCGAGUGGUCACACAAGUACGUCACUUUCUCGGAGUAUUUACCAAGAAGAUGCGAAGUUGGACAAGCGAGACAAAAAGCUGGCCAUUAAAUCGGUCCGAGCGAUUCUCCGAGAGAUGCCGGAUGUGGACUUGAAACAUUGCACGGACGAAUAUAUUACGCGCUUCCUGCUCGCACGGAAGUAUCGGGCCGAGCAAGCAGCUGCUCUGAUAGCUGCUUAUCAGGCUCAGAUAGCUCAUCGACAGGAUAUUUUCGGUAAUCUUACUGCUCGUGAUCCUGCCUUGCAACGAGCUUUACGUGCUGGUAUACCCGGUGUUUUACCUGCUCGCGACAGGAAAGGCAGGUGUGUUUUAGUAAUCCUAGCUUCACAAUGGGAUCCUAUUGCAGUGCCAGCGUUAUCAGUUCAACGAGCUAUCUUUUUAGUCCUUGAAAUUCUAAUUCAAGAUCCAAGAAAUCAGCAAUCCGGUUUCGUUGCUGUGGUAGAUUGGAGUGGAUUUUCUCUGCGGCAAGGCGGUGCAUUAGGUGCAGCAGCUCUUCGAAACUUGAUAGCUGCGCUUCGUGGUCGAUUUCCGGCCAGAUUCAAGGCUAUACACUUCCUUUCGGCUCCUUUAUACGUUCAAGCUACUUUGGCUCUUGUUAAACCUUUUCUGGAUGAAAAGACUCGUAAUAAGAUUUAUCUGCAUGGAAAUAAUCUUAGUACUCUUCACGAGCAUCUCCCAACGGAUAUUCUACCUGCCGAAUUAGGGGGCACUGGGCCAUCCUUUAAUCCUGGUCUUUGGGCCGAGCCAGUCAUUCAUUCAGCAAUGAAGGAAGCUGAAUUGGCAGCUUUGAAAAAGGAAAAGGAACAAUUACAAGAUGAAAGAAAUGAGAAUACUUCUGAAAGACUGACAAACUUUGCCGACGAUGACAAAGUCGUGGAAUCAAAGAACGUUGAAAAUUACAAAAGAAAUGAACCAGUUUUCGAAGGACACAAACACGAAAAAGAAAGUUUCAAGAGUUUUGGUAAAUCCUAUCGAAAUAAUGGAGAUGGGAAAAGCGUGGAGCUAAGUUUGAUUAGAACUACAGUUAGUUCUUUCGACUCGAAAAAUGCGAACAAGAUAGAAGAACAAAAAGAUAGAACUCGUUUAAUAGAAGUUUCUGAAAGUAAUAAUGGUAAUGAAGUUAAAACUAAUGGUUUGGAUAAUAGAAUGGAUCAUUUAAGAGAAGUCGAUGACUUGGCAUUACUCGAGUUACAAUCUGAAACGAAUUCGAACGAAUUCGAAAUGAUAUCUAGUAGGCCUGAGAGUGAAGAUAGCAAAGACAAUUCAUUAGAAAAUAGAUCGGAAAAGGUACUCAUUAGAACUGGUAAAAGUCAUACGCCAACGGAGGAAAUGAAUCUCAUUACGUAAAAGUGAUCUCUUUAUGUCAAUACUAAAUAUUUCCUCGAAGUAUGCGAUAAAGAUUCUAGAUAAAUAUUAUACAAUUAGUUUUGUAUGUAAGAUUUUUAAGUGACACACGGUAUAAUUGGAAAGAAAUAACGCCAAGUACAUUUGUCGAUACUUUGACGAUACAGUUGUUAAUGAACUUCUGUGAUGAAAGUGAAAGUAUUUUUUUUUCUUUUUUCUUUUUUUUUUUUUUUUUUCUUUGUAAUGUAUUACACGUACUUAUAUACUUUCUUAUAGGUGAUCCUUGUUCUUUUUUUUUUGUGGACCAGUAUAAUAUCGUAGCUUC